AUGUACGGAACAAAGGAGUGGCUAAACAACAGGUCUUACCUCACUCGUGAGGAAAAGGAGUUCUAUGACAAGAAUGGGUUCAUUGUGAUUAAGAACUGUGUUUCAAAGGAAGAGUUGUCUAAGUAUCAGAAUCGUUUCAAGGCUAUUUGUGAGAAAAAAGAUGUUCCUUCUGAUAUGACAGUUAUGAAGGAUGUCUCCAUUGCCAAGUCCGAAUUCCUUUCGGGAGAAAAGGCUAUCACAAAAGUGCAGGAUUUCCAGCAUGAUCCAGUCUUGUUCGACUAUUGCAAAUAUCCAACGAUUGUUAACGUCGUGAAAGACCUAAUUGGAACCUCAAAGUCCAAUCUCUUGGCCAUGCAUACAAUGCUUAUUAACAAGCCACCUGAUAACGGAAAGCUAACAUCUCGCCACCCCAUGCAUCAAGAUCUGCAUUAUUUCCCUUUCCGUCCUGCAGAUUAUAUUUGCUGUGCCUGGACUGCUAUGGAGAAAAUUAACCGAGCUAACGGCUGUUUGGUUGUGGUACCAGGCUCUCAUAAAGGAACAUUGCUCCCUCAUGUUUAUCCCGAAUGGGAGGGCGGUGUGAACAAAGCUUACCAUGGCAUUCAAGACUACGACCCAAGUUCUCCUAGAGUGCAUGUCGAGAUGGAAGCAGGAGACACUGUAUUUUUCCACCCUAUUCUCAUUCACGGAUCAGGAGCGAACAGAACUGAAGGUUUUCGCAAAGCAAUCUCAUGUCACUACGCUAAUGAUGACAUGUGUCGCUAUGUGAACGUUGAAGGCACAACACAAGAGGAUUUAUCAAAGGAAAUAAUUGAAAUAGCGAGAGCUAAGUUCAUUAGAAGAUUCGGAAAGGAGAGCGCAAAAGAGUUCAAGUUUGAUUACGCUGAUAUCUGGAGAAUGAGAGCUCGUGAAGUCAACGGCAACAGAGCAAAUUUGUAA